UCUCCUCUGACCUAAAGACACAGAGUUUGACGAUGACGUCCAUGAAGAUGUGGUAUCUCUUGCUCCUCGCUGCCGUCCUGUCCAUUGUUCCCACAGUGGCUGAAGUGGUGAAGUCGGUGUCCGACUGUGACCAGUUUCUCCUCAACAAAACUCCACCAGAUGUCACGAGCAUCUUGGAGGGCAAGAAAAUGGACGAGAACCGAUACAAAUUCAUAUGUCAGACUUAUGACAAUAAGAGAAGGUUUCUGACGCUCUACGACACCAAGAACAAGAUUCCUGUGUAUUCUGCCUACAAGUACACAGGGGGAACAGAGAAGGGACCAUUCAAAAGACCCAAAUGGAAAAUAGAGCCACAGCUUGAGGGAAAAACGAAUGAGAAGAUGAUGUGUAAUGCAGAUGACAACACAAUUUACGUCAAGCAAGCUGGGAUCAAAGAUUACAAAACCAAAGAAGGGUUUAACAAGGGCCAUUUAAUUCCAUACUCUUAUGGAUCCACCACAUCUGACAAAAAAUCCACCUGUACGCUAACCAACAUUGUUCCACAAGCAAUUACAUUCAACGGGGGAAGCUGGAGCACAAUGGAGAUGUGCGUCAAAUGUGUUAUGGACAAAUACUGCAAAAUCAACAACGGUGGUACUAAAGCCUAUGUGGUUACUGGAGCAAUACCCAACGACAGAAACAAACAACUCAAUAAAAAGAUUAAUAUUCCUGACAAGCUCUGGUCAGCAUUCUGCUGCUACAGCCCCGAAGAGAAAAAAUGGAUAGCAAGCGCACACUGGGGUGAGAAUGUUCCAGAAAAUGAAUCUGAAGAGAAAAAUGAAAAAUAUGUAAAGAUUGAGACUCUGGAAGAACUCCUCAAUAAACUGAAGGUAGAUGUGUUUCCUGGAAAAGAGUGUCCUCGCCAUACAAAGAUUAGUUUUACCCAAAAUCUAACAACUGCUCAUGCCCCCCCUCUACUUAAACCACUUCUGCCUGUCCCAUGUAACAUCUGCCCCUUUCACCACAACAUCUGGUCAACUAUAUCGAGUCCUGCCUAGUCUACAGCUGCCUCUCCCUUUACCACAUCUGUAGUCAGAUGUGUCUUUGAGGUUCAAUCUGUACAACAAAAAUAUUCAACUCUGGUGAAAAAUAGGGACAUUCAAACAAAACCUUUAAUCUUUGUUUAUUCAACUAUGUUCAAAAUUGAAUGAAAAUGUAUAAUCAGCAGCUAACAUGAACGCAUAUAUAAAAAUAAUUAAUCGAGAUAUUGCAUCAUCUUAACUACAAAAAUGAUUCAAUGCAGAAUUAACAACCUGAAAAUGUUUCGCAAUGUGUCACAAAUGUUUGAAUCUUCAUGCUUCUAAACAUGUUGGUCUUCAGAUAAUUGAUGAACCAUACACAGAAUGCCAAACUGUGCAAUGUAAUAUAUGUUAUGGCAAUUUGUAUCUCAUAGCAUUAUUGUUUGUUUCUCAUACUGUUUGAUGUCAUUCAUGUAUCAAAAUGUACUUCACCGAGGUCACCGUCAGUUCAGUGUUCUCCACUACGGCAUCCUCGGUACUUUCCUACUUCUCUAUUCUCAUUCACACUGAUGACCCUGGGCCCAAUCCGGCCGGACAGGUACCAGACAAAGUUCCUGUUUGCAACUCGUUGUUUUAGUAAUUGCCACUCGUAGUGCUUUGUCCCCUCACAGCAAAAUUUCUCAUUUCUCAUUUAUUUAUUUAAGGACAGUGCACAUUAAUCAACAUUUCUGUAAAUGUGCCAGUGUUAGCCAGCAGGCUAAUUUUCAACUGUAGUCCGACAGAUGCUAAAAACAACCACACUCCACUGCUCCGUAAAACACAUGCACUCUUCUCCUUCCUUUAUACUCUCCUGCAGACUGCUCUGUACUCUGUAUGACUUGUACCUCUGAGGCCUCAUAAAUACGGCAAAGACAACUCUGUGUUCGGGGCCAACUUUAAUUUACAUCUCGGUUUAUUUCCAUUACAUAUCCAACUGACUAGAAUCCAUCUAUCCUUUAUUUAUCUCUUGUGAACAUAUUUUAAGAUUCUGUCAUGAGCCCUUUAUUUACUGAGGCCCCAGGGCAACAUCUAGCGUCCUUUUCUAAUGUAAAGCAGUAAACUAAGUGAAGAUUGGAAUAAACAUUAAAACAAGAUAUAUUGCUUAUAUCAGCAAACUUAAAACUGCCUUGGCCGAGGUGUUUUGGUUAUUUUUGCUUGGGAACAAUGUCUAAAAGUUGAUGGAACACUUCUAUAAACAAACUGUGGCCACUCUGCUCAAAAAAGCAUUAUUUUUCUGUCAAAACAUUGGUGCUACAGGUACUGACUUAAUUUAUAGGAAUAUUUGAAAAUGUCUCCAUAAAUACAUUUCUAAUUCUACAAAGAAAAAGAAAAACUUUGAUCAUUAUAAAUAUCAUGACUCUGUGAACUGAUAUCACCAUAUGAAUAUUAAACAGGGAAGCAGCUAUAAGUGUUCCAGAUAUUUCACUUAUAUAUUUCUGUAGAAAUUGGUAAGUCUUUAAUUGAGUAAUUGGAUAUUAAAAUAGUCUAAAUUACAAAUUGUCCUACUUUGGUCUAAGAGACAAACAAACAAUAAAAGACAUGUGUGCAGAAUAUAUCACAAAACCAAACAGCAUCUUGUUACUCUAAAUUUGGUAAUUUGUAUUGUACCACUACUUAGAUUUUGUUUUCCCUGUAACUGAGAAGGGGAUGUCAUAUUUAGUAAAAUUCCUUUGGUUUGUCAGUGAAAACUGUUUUGUCUCCAGAUGAGAGAGUUUGAUGAUUUAUUCCAGCUACAGUGAUGUCACCUCUGUCUCCUCCCUGAACAUUUGUUUUUUUUCUACGAUAAAUAAAUAAUUACAGUAAACCAAACCCCUGUAAGGAGUCCCAAGUGUUAAAUAUUUGUGAUUUUAACAUGUAAAUGAAGCAAUGUGGUAUAAUCUGAGAAGAAAAUAAAGGUAUUUUUCAACUUUU